AAUGGGCAGUAAGUACUCUUACUUCACAGGAUGUGACGUUUUUGUUGCAUGUUGCAAAGGACAGCAAGCAAUUCUUGUUUAGAGAAAUGUAUGACAUUGUGAAACUGUCCAGAUUACUUUCAGUCUCCCUCAGUCUUGGGUGCGUAAUUAAGAACAAAUCCAAAAAUGUUUGAACCUUAGUUGCUGACCGUAUAAGCCACUCGUUUGAAAUUUUUGAACAAUUAUAGACACUGCACACUUGUUUUCUGUGUUCUCAUGUUAUGCAACACCAUACAUUUGCCUGAUGUGAAAUGAUAUCAUGAACUGAAAAGGAUUGGGCAAUCCUGCUGAGACAGCUAUACUGUGUGAAAUUUACAAAAACUGUAUUCUGUGAAAGGAAUGCUGCCUUUGAUGUUUCUCAUUCUAGAAGUAACGCCUGGAUCCAGAUGAAAUUGACACAUGCUUUCAGGGUGUUUGCUGGACUGAAAGAUUUCGCGUUCAAUGGCAGGAGAAAAAGUGAAACAGAUGCUGACAUGAAUUCAGAUAUUAUACUAGAGGAGAUAUUAAUUAAAAGAUCUCAGCAGAAGAAACGGACCUCCCCUUUAAAUUACAAGGAGAGGCUUUUUGUGCUUACAAAGUCAAAGUUAUCUUAUUAUGAUGGCCGAGUGGAGAAAAAGUCCAGAAAGGGAACUAUAGCUAUUGAGACAAUCAAGUGUGUGGAAAUUGUGAAAAAUGAAGGUGGAUUUAUUCCUUGUCAAAACAAGUACCCUUUUCAGGUUCUAUAUGACUUUAAUACACUAUAUAUUUUUGCACCAAGUGCUGACAGCAGAAGUACAUGGGUAAAGUGCCUGAAAGAUGAAAUAAAGAACAAUUCCGCAUUACUAUCAAAAUAUCACCCUCGAUUUUGGACUGAAGGCUUGUGGUACUGCUGUAGGCAGACAGAUAAAUUAGCACCAGGAUGUGAAGAGUACAAUAUAUUUGGUGACACUUCAAGGAAACCUUUGCCUCCAACACCAUUUCAGCUUAAAGCACCCCCUCCUCCAGUCCCUGAGCAAGAACAGGAAGUUGAAGAAAGCAAGCAAGAUAUAGUGAUUGCAAUGUAUGAUUUUCAAGCUCUAGAACCUACUGACAUAAACCUUAUCAAAGGUGAAGAAUAUGUUAUAAUUGAAAGAAAAGAUGCUCACUGGUGGAAAGCUAAGGACAGCAAUGGGAAUACUGGCUAUGUUCCCAGCAACUAUGUGACUGAGAAGAGAAUGAGUAAUUUAGACCAGUAUGAAUGGUACUGUGGCGGUGUGAACAGAAGUAAAGCAGAACAUAUGCUUAAAAAAGAGGAUAAAGAAGGUGGUUUCAUUGUCAGAAACUCCAGUCAAGCUGGAAUGUACACUGUAUCAGUAUACACAAAAUCUGGACGAGAGAGCAGACCAGAAACAAAACAUUACCAUAUCAAACAAACACAGACUAAUCCUAUGCAGUAUUACAUUGCUGAGAAAGUUGUCCGUAGCUGUAUACCAGAACUAAUUGACUAUCAUCAACACAAUGCAGCAGGUCUAGUUACAAGACUACGUUAUCCAGUCGGCUCUAAAGGAAGGACAGUACCUGCGACAGCAGGAUUCAGUUAUGAGAAAUGGGAAAUAAAGCCAUCAGAGCUGACAUUUAUGAAGGAGCUGGGCAGUGGACAGUGUGGCGUGGUACGUUUAGGAAAGUGGCGAGCACAGCACAAAGUGGCAAUUAAGGCCAUCCGAGAAGGUGCAAUGUUUGAGGAGGAUUUCAUUGAGGAAGCAAAAGUAAUGAUGAAAUGUUCCCAUCCAAACUUAGUUCAGCUAUAUGGUGUCUGUACGCAAGAGAGGCCAUUUUACAUUGUUACAGAGUUUAUGGAGCAUGGCUGCCUUUUAAAUUUUCUGAGGCAAAGACGAGGUCAUCUUCAGAAGCCAGAGCUGUUAACAAUGUGCCAAGACGUAUGUGAAGGAAUGGCAUACCUGGAGGCGAAUCAGUUUAUACACAGAGACCUGGCUGCCAGGAACUGCUUAGUGAAUCUAAGUCUAACAGUAAAAGUGUCUGAUUUUGGAAUGGCAAGGUUCACUUAUGAUGAUGAAUACACCAGUUCUUGUGGGUCAAAGUUCCCUGUGAAAUGGUCUGCCCCUGAAGUCUUUAAUUUCAGCAAGUUCAGCAGCAAAUCUGAUGCCUGGUCUUUUGGUAUUCUUAUGUGGGAAAUAUUCACUGAAGGAAAGAUGCCCUAUGAAAACAAUACAAAUCAUGAAGUGGUCCAGAUGGUUAGCCAGGGUCAAAGGUUGUAUCGACCCAGACUGGCAUCAAAUGCAGUGCAUCAAAUAAUGAUUAGGUGCUGGCAAGAGAGACCUGACGGAAGGCCUACAUUUUCAGAACUGCGCAAUAUGAUCAGCAGUUUGGUUGAAACUGAGGAUUAACAUGAAGAGAUGCUGCACACUUGCCCAACAAAAAUGAACUUUGUCUAUAAAUGUAAACAAAACAAGAGUAUAUAUAUUUUUGCAUAUGAGCUCAUAUAUUGGAUUAAAAAAAAUAAAAUCAAAUGGUUGUACUUGCAGCAUCCUUUAAAUGUUCUCCAUUCACAUAGGUUGGUUUCAUUAUAGAAAUGAAAUAGGGUUAGGAUUGUGAUAAAAAUGGUAGAAGUUAGUUCAGUAGUAAAAGAUGUGCACUGGUUUAUUAUUGAUUUCAUACAGACAUAUGAAAAAAGUAUCUGUGGAUGUGGCAAACUGAUUAGCAACUUGAAUUUAGAAAUAUGCACUUUUUUACUAAAAUCAUAAACCAGACCACUAUUAUUAACAUAGAAAGCACUCACAGCUUUAAUACUGCACUUUAGACAGCAGUCCCGUGAACAUGGAUUUCUUUGCCUCUAAAUAAAUGUAUUUGCCUGAUGUUUAGUAGUUUUCUUUUCCCCUUUAGAAAUACAUAUUCUAUCAUGUCACCCCCACCCCCACAAACACACACACCUCUUCUGAUACCUAACUCUUAGGAAUGGAAACCAUUUGAGUGUAUUUUUGUCUGGCACUUAAGCCCAAGUUCCAUGAUCAUUAAAAAACACCCAAUUGCACAUUAUCCAGCAUCCUUCUCUGGCUCCUGCUUCCUGCACUUGGGAAACACUUGUCUCUAGUGAUCUAUUGGAUUUUUAUUGUCUUUCAGCAGAUUAAAAUACCAGAAGCUCCUUAUUGACACACAGCAUCCUUAAGCCACACAGCUUUUAAUGGCGGAAUUUGUGUCUCAGCUUCCCUAGAAUAACACAUUAAAUGUACCACCUGUGCUCUUUGUAAGAUACAUGCAGCCGCUGUUCCACGUGACUUUGGCUUGUUAGAUGAGACAUGAUACUUAGUGUAGUUGCCUCCCUUGAUGCUGUAUGUGAUGGAGGCAGGAGUUUGGGAAGGUGUUAUACCCCAUGGAAAUUAUGACUGGUAAUCAGGGAUGUGAAAACAGAUGCUGAUCUCUACCACGAUGGAAUGUUCACUCGAUCAUGUUAUUUAAAAAUGGAUGCAUGUCACGUUAGCUGCUGUUUUAAAUAAUGAAUGAAUGAUGUAUAAUAAAUGUAAGAAUAAUGAUA